UUAGCGACACUUGUAAGAUCUUUGCGACAUGAUGAGCCUCCCUCCCUUUCAUGUGAGCCUCCGCGCCUCUUUGAUUCACAGCCACAGCCAUGGAAGUUUCCCAGACAGACGGCGGAGCUCAAUCUCCAUCAGUCCACAUAGUGAUGCUUCCAAGUCCAGGUAUGGGCCAUUUAAUCCCUCUCCUUGAGUUUGCCAAACGCCUCCUCACCUUCAACCACCAUUUCACCAUCACCUUCGCCAUCCCUUCCGAUGGCCCUCCUACCACCGCCCAAAUUUCCGUCCUCUGUUCCCUCCCUCCCCAGAUCCGCCACGUCUUUCUCCCACCCGUUUCCCUCAACGAUCUUCCCCUCGAUUCGAGAAUGGAAACCAUCAUUACCCUCACCGUCGCUCGCUCUGUUCCUUCUCUUCGAGAUCUCUUGAAAUCCAUGGUGGCCGAUACUCAAACUAACCUCGUUGCCUUGGUUGUCGACCAUUUUUGCAUCGACGCCCUCGAUGUGGGUAAGGAAUUUAACCUCUCCUCUUGUAUUUUUUUCCCCUCUACUGCCAUGGCUCUCUCCGCCAAUCUCUGCUUAGCGGAGCUCGACGAAAUGGUCACUGGAGAGUACAGAGACCAUCCCGACCUGAUUCGAAUUCCAGGAUGCACUCCGAUUCAUGGGAGAGAUCUAUUCGAGCCGACUCAAGAUAGGCAAAACCAAGCCUAUAAAUUAUUUCUCCAAAAUGCAAAAAGAUUUCGAUUCGCAGAUGGCAUUUUUGUGAAUAGCUUCCCGGAGUUCGAGCCGGGCGCCAUUAGUGCUCUGAAAUUGGCAGAACCCCCGAUUUACCCCAUUGGUCCAGUGGUGAAAAUGGAUGAAAAUGGCAGUGGUGAAGGUGCAAAAUGUUUGAAUUGGUUGGAUGAACAACCACAUGGGUCUGUCCUGUACGUGUCGUUUGGGAGUGGGGGGACUCUAUCCAGCAAACAAACCGUGGAGUUGGCGAUGGGAUUGGAAAUGAGUGGGGAAAGAUUCCUAUGGAUCGUCAGAAGUCCCAACGACGAGUUAUCAAAUGCAUCCUAUUUCAGCGUGCAUUCACGAAAUGAUCCAUUGAGUUAUCUGCCGGAGGGGUUCGUGGAGAGAGUGAAAGGGAGGGGGCUGUUGGUGCCAUCAUGGGCGCCGCAAACUCGAAUCCUGAAGCACCGCUCCACCGGCGGGUUUUUGAGCCAUUGCGGGAACAAUUCAGUGUUGGAGAGCGUAGUAAAUGGGGUUCCUCUGAUCGCUUGGCCGCUUUAUGCAGAACAGAGAAUGAACGCUGUGACGCUAACAGAGGAGAUCAAGGUGGCGCUGAGGCCGAAGGUGAAUGAGGAAAAUGGAUUUGUGGAGAAGGAAGAGAUUGCUAAAGUGGUGAAGUCGCUUUUCAAAGGUGAAGAGGGGAAAAAAGUGAGUGCUAGAAUGAAGCAAUUGCAAGACGCGGCCAUAAGAGCCGUCGGAGAGGAUGGGUCUUCUACAAAAGCCCUGCGCCAAGCGCUUCUCAAGUGGAAAACACCUUUUUAAUCAUUUCCAUAUUUUCUCACUUUUUAAUGAUAAAAUAAAAUAAAAUUAUAU